AUGGCGUGGCGGCGACCUUUUAGCGAACGUCCUGCCGUGCCCAGCACUGUAGUUGAAGGCCAGAUGGAGCAGGUCCCAACCACUGGCGGUCAGUAUAUCAGCGAGGAAGGAAGCAAUGAUGCGCCGCCCACAUACCAAGACGCCUCUGGCGCUCCAAUUGAAAACAAGUCGCCGCUGGGGUACUCUGUCGGCCCUGUUACAAUUACCUUGCUGAACAUCACAAUGAUGAUCGGCGCUGGUAUCUACUCCACGCCAUCAUCUAUCCUGUCUGGUACAGGUUCGAUCGGCGUCAGUCUCAUUUAUUGGACCCUUGGUUACUUGCUAUGUCUCACGUCUGGGGCUGUGUACCUUGAAUUCACGGCAUACUUCCCUAGUCGAUCCGGUUCAGAAGUUGUUUUCCUCGAACAAGCUUACCCUAAUCCAAAAUGGCUCUUUCCUACCACGUUUGCGGUCCAGAGUGUUAUUCUUUCAUUUGGAAUCAUGGCCCAGUAUCUUAUCGCCAUCUCCGGGCACGAGGGCACCGACUGGCAAAUUAAAGGCACCGCUCUAGCCUGCUACAGUCUUGCUAUCUUGACGCUGGUGUUCAACACAAAAUACGCAUACUGGUUCUCGAACGCUGUUGGAAUUGUGAAGAUUUGCACCCUGCUCUUCGUUAUAGUCACUGGUUUCGUUGUUUUGGGAGGGCAUACUAAGGUCGAGAACCCCAAGGCCAAUUUCCAAGAUGUGUGGUCAGGUAGCUCUACAGCUUCUGCAUACGGCUUUACUAUUGCUUUGUACCGUAUCAUCUUCUCCUAUGGAGGUUAUAAUAACGCCUUCAAUGUUGCCAACGAAGUCAAGAAUCCCGUCAGGUCACUCAAAAUCUACGCCACAGCUGCUCUUACAACGGUUUAUAUGUUAUACAUGUUCGCGAACAUCGCUUUCUUUGCUGCUGUUCCCAAGAACGAGAUAGAGAACUCUAACCUAACAACAGCAAGUCUUUUCUUCGAGAAGAUCUUUGGCAAUAGCGGUGCAGUUCGCGGCCUCAAUUUCCUCAUUGCCUUGGCUUCCUUCGGUAACAUGAUUGCCGUGAUAAUUGGCCUAUCGCGGCGGAUCAGAGAAUGCGGCCGACAGGGAGUUCUACCUUGGACAAAAUUCUGGGUCUCAACUAAGCCAUUCGGCACGACCCUGGGCCCAUAUGCAAUCAUUUGGUUUUCGACCACACUAAUGAUCCUAGCCGUUCCUGCCGGAGACGCUUUCACUUUCAUCAACGAUUUAAGCAUCAUCCCUAAUGCUGCCUUCAACCUCGCAAUGGCUCUUGGUAUCUACGUUGUUCGCUGGCGCCGGAAGAGGGCCAAUCUCCCGGAACCCGAAUUCAAGGCCUGGCAUGUUGUGAUUCUCUUUAAUAUUCUCAUCCAGCUCUACCUCCUUGUCAUGCCCUGGUAUCCGCCCGAAGGUGGCCAGUAUGCUGGUGAUGUCAGCUUUUGGUAUGCAACGUACGCCGUGGCGGGGAUUGGAAUUCUCCUUGCAUGCGCCAUCUAUUACUGGUUUUGGGCUUUCCUUAUUCCCAAGUGGAGGGGGUACAAGCUGCGACAGGAACUUAUCAACCUAGAUGGCGGAGUUCAGAGCAACCGGCUUACGAAAGUUCCUGACGCUGAGGUCGCCGAAUGGGAUACGAUGCAUGAUGCGGCUGGUCGUCUCAUCGAGUCGACGUUUGAGGGGGAGGAGAUUCAGGUUCUGGGAAAGGCCACCAGGAGAUCUUCAGAUGACAGCAGACCGUAUGCGUAUGCGGCAAAUAACGAUCCCGAUACUACCCAGGCUGCGGCUUAUGUUUAG